UUGACACUUGUGGUUUGACGUCCGGCGAAAAACUGUAGCGACUUUAAUCUAAACAGAGGAGCGUUUGAUUAGCUGUCAUUCGUUUAAAGGGAAGGAAAUAAAUAAAUAAUCAGAGUAACAUGGUUUAAAAACCAGGUGAACGAAGUGUUGCUGUUACCUUUUUCAUUUUUCCUGCGGACUUCUCACUUUCAAGCAUGGAUGCGGAGGGCCCCCCGAUGCUUUGUGACCUCUGCUUGGCUCAGGUGUGCCGGAGCUUGAGCUCUCUGUGCAGCAUGCGAGCAGACGGCUCCAUGAGCCUCAUCUGGGCCCCGGUCUUCCCGCAGGAGACUGCUGACCAGCUUCUGAAUCACAUGGCAGCUAAAGAGAUACUGAAUGACACAACUGUUGGGAUUUUCCGAAACUGCAAAGAACUCCGUCUGCGCCGAGCUUCCAUUCGGAGCUGUCCACUGUCUGCAGAAGCUUUCCGCCUGGCUCUUUGCCCUCACCGGCUCCUGGAACUAGAUGCCUCCUGGGUCUCAGGUGGUCUUACUGGGGCUGACAUUGUCUCAGGCUUGGCCUCCAACCCAGAAUGCAGAUCCAGCCUGCAGAGGUUGUCCCUCAACGGUUUACGUCUGGACUGGGAGUCUAUAGAGGCAAAUGGUGGGAUCCAUGUUGGCUUCAGCUCCUUGCGGGGCCUUAGAAUACUAAACCUUGCAAACACAGACCUAAAUGAUGCUGCCCUUGAGGAUAUCUGCACUCUCCCUCACUUGGAGACGCUGGAUAUUUCUUGCAGUGCUAUCUCUAAGCUCACUGCACUUCUUGAGUGCAAAAACACCCUGAGAUCCCUAAUUGCCCACAGGCAGCGGCACCUGGAUAUGUCCCCUGCCCGGCUGCUCUUUGUCUUUAGCCAGCUUCAUGCUCUCAAGCAUCUGGACUUUUCAGAGGACCACUUUUCUGUGGAUGACAGCGAUGGAAGAGAUGGAGAUGAGACAGUGCGGCAGCUUCUGGAGGGGAGUCCCCAGGUCCUCCCAUCACUAGUUUCUUUAGAUAUCUCUGGCCGGAAGAGAAUCAGUGAAGCUGCAAUCAGAAGCUUUGUGGAAUCCAGAAGUGGACUGGUCUUUUUGGGCCUGCUAGCCACUGGGGUUAGCUCCUGUGACUUCUUUUCUACACAGAAAAGCCUAAAAGUAACAGGAGAGGCUGAUGAGAACCAGGUGUGUGAGGCACUCAGAAGGUACAGAGACCGCGAGUGUUUCAUACGAGAGGCCCUUGUCCAUCUCUACAGUCUAACCACCGACACUGACAAACCACAGCCAGACGUGCUGAAGCUGGUGGUGAGUGGUAUGCAGAGGCACCCCACCUCCUUGCACAUCCACCUGGUCGCCACAGCGUGUGUGUUCAACCUGACCACUCAGGAUUUGGCAGAGGCCAUGCCCAUCAGCUUGCUCAGCUCUACUGUCACCCAACUGUUAAACACCAUGAAGAAUUUCCCCAACCACCAGCAGGUGCAAAAGAACUGUCUGCUGGCCCUCUGCAGUGACUACAUCCUCCAGGAGGUUCCUUUUGACAAGUAUUUAGCGGCAAUGCUGGUGAUUAACUGGCUGAGCAGCCACGAGGAUCCGACCUUGCAGAGGAUGGCUGUGGCUGUCAUCUCCAUUCUGGUGGCCAAGUUGUCCACAGAGGAGAUGGCACAAUUCAGCAAGGAUAUCUUUAUAAUGAAGCAGCUGCUGGCUAUUGUGCAGCAGAAAGCCAUGGUUGGAGUUGUCGACUCCACUCUGAAGUUUGCCCUGAGUGCUCUGUGGAACCUGACAGAUGAAAUGCCAGUAGCAGCGCGCAAUUUCAUUGAGUGCCGGGGGUUGGAGCUGUAUGAGGAGGUUCUGGAGUCCUACUACACUGAACCUUCUAUUCAGCAGAAAGUUCUUGGCCUUCUGAACAACAUUGCUGAGGUGGAGGAGUUGCAGGCUGAUCUGAUGGAGGAGGACCUUUUGGAGCACAUUCUCAGCCUCUUGCAGGACUCUCAGGUGGAUGUGGGGGUUCGCUACUUUGCAGGGGGGAUACUGGCACACCUUGCUUCCAGACCAGAUGCCUGGACCCUGGAAAAUGAGUUGCGCAGCACCGUACUGAAGCAGCUGCAUGAUUCCAUCAUGACAUGGACCCAUCUUGAGAGGGAGAUGGUGUCUUACAGGUCGUUCCAUCCGUUUUGCCCUCUGCUUCAAACUUGUCAGCCUGCAGGCGUGCAGCUGUGGGCAGUCUGGGCCAUACAUCUGGUCUGCACUCAAAACACUUCACACUACAGCAGCAUGCUGGAGAAGGAAGGCCUGACUGAACUUCUGAAAGCUUUGGCUGCACAUCCCAGCACACACAGUGACAUUAAAGGACUAUCAGACAGCAUCUUGAGCAUGGUUGAGCAACAUCAGAUUCAUGCGAGAGCGUUCAACAAUCAGACGGCACCUCAAAGCUCUUGACAGAAGUGUUAAAAAAAGAAGAAUUUUACUUGAUUUGCUAUCUUUGAGCUAUAUCUGAAAUAUGCUAGAUAUAUAGUUGCAGAGAAAGCAGAGGCAGUAUCAAGGUGCAGACACUUAAUGCUAAUCCUCUGGAAACAUAUUUAAUAGAAUAAACCACAUAAUGCAUAAUUUUUAUUUCAUAUGGACAGUGUAUUUGCUUGAUGUAAAAAGUUAUUUGUGUUAUCUAUUUUUUAAACUGUUUACUUACGUUGAAACCAGAGUUGUUGUUUACAGAGCGAAUGUUCUACUUUGACAUGUGCACUGUUUUUAGUCUACAUUGAUAAUGGGCUGAACAGCAUAUAAGCUUAAUAAAAUGAACUGCAGCUAAAAAUGGAUUGACUUAAGGUUUUAAUUUCAAAACCUGUCACUAGGGGGUGCUUUAGUACUGUAUUUUUGGAACUGUUUUGCCCUUAACGUGUAUCUGUGUAAAUUAUUUAGGCACUAAAUGUACGGAUUCCAGGUCAUCAUCAUGUGAUAAGUGGCUAGGUACCAGCAGGCUUAACCUGCUGUUUAUCUGUUUUUCUCUCCUCUUCUUAUUUUUCUGUUCUCUCGCACACUGUCGCUCUCUCUGUCUCUCUCUGAAGCUGAAUUCAUUAUGUUUUAUGUAAUACAGCCGGAAGACAGAACUGCUUGUAGCCAUCGAGAGUGUCUAUUAUAAAUUGUUCUGUUAGUAAUUCCUUUUGAGAAGUGAAUUUAAAAAGCUCAUGUGAAUAUUUGACUUUUACCAGGCUGCUCAACCUUUUAAGUGUCAAUUUGCUUCGAUUCACCCGUUUUAAAUAAAUAAA